UCGAUUAAUAGGAAUCGAUUCAUCGAGCGAAAAUUCAAAUUUGUUUUUUUCCAACGGUUAUCAAUGUUUUCGGUUUGAGAAGUUUUGUUUUUAUUUCUUUUGUCUAAUUAACUGCAAUUAAAUGGUGACAUGGUAAGUGACAUUCUUAGUGAACUUGGACAAUCAUUUCCUCAUGUGAUUAGUCACAUUUUAAGCUACUUGGAACCUGAGGAACUUUGUAUUCUAAGUUGUGUUAGCCAAAGUACCAGAGAUUUUAUUGUCAAUGAUCCCAAUGCCAAGAGAAGGCGGGAGAGCCAUUUGAAAGCGCUUCAAGAGUUGAAGCAAGAAGUUGGUCAUGAAAAUUGGCCGAUCAAGAAAACAACUCCAGAGGUGAAGAGUGAAAAUAGGAUCGCUCUAAAUGAAGUGAAAAAUACUCAACCUUCAGCGAAUAGGAAUGAGGUUUCCGCUGCCGAAGUUGAAGUGUCUUGUAUACGAAUGGAAAAUAAUGCCAAUAUAUCUGUUAGUACAACUUCACCCAAUUCAUCUGUUAACUCAAAUGCCAAUUCAACUGUAAAUACAACUGCCAAUUCAAGCGCCAACUCAAUUACUAAUUCAAUUAUAACCUCAAGCGCCAAUACAAGUGGUAAUUCAUCAAUAAGCUCAAUUAUGAAUUCAUCUAUUAACUCAACCAUUAGUACAACAGCAAAUAUAACCACCAAUUCAAUUGCCAUCAAACCAACACCUGAAGGAAGAAAAUUGAAAAGACGUCGGGUAGAUUUUACUGGAAAUGUUUACCAUAUUAUCUCAUCAACACCGAAAAUGAUUGAAUGUCGACGUGGAUCAACGGAUAACGAAACUGAACAAGAUUCCGGAUAUUUCGAAGAGACAAAGAACAAAGUGAAAUCUAAAAGUCGUAAAUGUGAGCCCACCGCUGGUAGUAAAGCGAGCAGACGACAACUCAAGCGACUUUGAUUGGAAAUUUUAAUUUGGAUACACAAAAGAAGAAAAAAAAAUCAAAAGCAAUUGUGAUAUUUAAUUGCAUGACAAGUGCGAAUCUGCAUGCAAACAAUUUUACUCCAAAUUAUUAUUAUUUUUUUUUCUUUACAAGAAAAACAAUACUUUUUACUCAGUCUUUGACAAGAAAAAAUUUCCAAAGA